CUCACUGGAACAGUAUUUCUUUGAUAAUUUCAAAAUACGAAUAAUUAAAAAAAGUAUUUAAAUUUGCUUCUUUCUUCAACUGUUGUAUUUCAUUGUUUGUAAAAUCCACAAUGUGGCAGGAUAGUGGAAUUUACUUUGAUAUGCCGUUGUCAAAUAUUCAAAUGGGUCUUGGUGAAAAAAUAAUGGAUAAACUUGAUUCGAUCGAAGACACGAAAGGAAAUGCAGGAGAUCAUGGUCAAUUGAUCAUAACAAAUUUGCGCAUCAUUUGGUUUUCCGUAGCAUUUCCUCGAAUUAAUUUAGGUAUAGGCUACAACGCAAUUAUAGACAUUACUACAAAAACCAUAAAUUCGGCGCAAGGACAUCCCUGUGCUGUGUUGUAUCUAUUGACAAUUUAUCAAAAUAGCCGCUAUGAAUUUAUUUUCACCAAUCAUAAAAACAAAAGUGCUCGACACUGUACAUCGGUUAUUGGAAUUUAUAGAGCAUACAAUUCUACAAAAUUAUAUCGUGAAGUAAAACUUCGAGGCGGAUUUAUUCAGAAUAAAAGACUUAACAUACUUCCGAAAGAAGUUGUCAAUAGUACGACACAUGGCGUGUGGAAUCUCUCUACCGAACAGGGGAACGUAGGAACAUUUAUCGUGACAAAUAUAAGGACUGUUUGGUUUGCAGAUAUGAAUAAUCAAUUCAAUGUUUCUAUACCGUAUUUAGCUAUUAACAAUAUAUCCAUAAAACCAUCUAAAUUUGGACCUACCUUGGUGAUUAUUAGUAAAGAGUCACAAAAUGGAUAUAUCUUGGGUUUUCGCGUUGAUCCAGUCGAAAAAUUGGAUAUUCUCUUGAAAGAAAUUUCUGCUCUUAAAGCAGCAUAUGAUAAACAACCAAUUUUAGGAGUUGAAUAUACUUCAAACAGUGAAAGUCAAACAUCAGAAACAGUGAAGCCGGAAUAUUCUUGGGAUGUUCAAGAAAACUAUGAAAUUUUACCGACUGCUUUUAAUUUAUACUCUACGGAUAAUGAAAAUGUUAAGAAAAAACCAACAUAUGAUCCAUGUUUAGGCCUUGCAAUUGAAGAAUUACGUGAAGGUUUCUCUACAUCGAAAUCGUGGUCGUCUCUGUUUAAUAUUUAAUCUAAAAAAAGGACACGUUUUUUGUUGAGACAUAUCACAGUCAUCAAGUAGCUGGCUACCAGAUAAGGGAAUCAAAUAAAAAUGCAUCAAAUAUUAUCAACACUCGAAUGACUUUAACUGUUUGACAUCUUUAUACAUUUUGUAAAUAUCUAAAAAGAAGUAAGAAG